AUGGCUGCAACCAUUGCUCCCGAGCCUGUCGCCGCCCCAGUCGCCGACGCGCAACCCAGCACGGGCGGUAAAGAUGGCGCUUCCGCCGCAGCCGACGCUGCCAAGAAGGAACGCAAACGCGAAAAAAAGGAGCGCAAGGAACGCCAAAGGAACGAGCGCAAGGAACGCGAACGUCUCGAACGUGAGCAAGCCGAGAAGGAUGCCGCCACCGUAGCUGCCGCCUCCGCUGCACAGGCCGUCUCAGCCGUUGCCUCGGCUACGCGUCUUCCCAUCGAUCCUUCCCUCGACGCCGAGGUUGAAGCCGCCGACGCCGCUUCCCUCGCUGCCGAUGCUGACGCUGACGCCGCCGCCGCUACCACCACCACCACGGCCGCCGACGCCAACGCCGACGCCAACGCCGACGCUCCUCCUCCCUUGGUGAUCUGCCACCGGCGAACCUGUCAAGCGCAAGCGCGUCGCCCCAGGAAAGACCCCAACGCGCCUCCCUCGGCCAAGAAGGCCAAACGUGAGGCGGGUCAAGAUGGCGAGCGACGCGGUCGACGCCCCAAGAUGUCCGAAGAAGCCGCCAUCGAGGAGCUCAAGGGUCUCUCUCGUCGCGAGCUGCUCGUCGAACGCGUCUACUCGUCCGACAUGCUUGCCAAGCUCGAGAGGACCAUCGGUCUUCAGUAUACAAAGGGUCGCUUCUCCACUGACGAGCAGGACAAGAUCAAAAACGGAAUUGCCGAGUUUAUGAAGGCUAAGAAGCUCACCGAGGAAGACUUCCAGGAAUUGCUCUACAACUACCGCGAAAAGGGCUGGGAGAAGAUGUACACUGAGCUCUGGAAGGAUCUCGCCGGUCGCCUUGAUGGCCGUCCCAACAUUGCGGUUCGGCUGCACGUGCGCACCAACAAGUCGCAGUUCCGAAGGCAGGGCCGCUACACGCUUGCCGAAGAUCAUGAGAUUCGCGAACGCAUGGGCAAGAUGCGUGAGGACGCCGCCUCGGUCGCCAAGCGUCUGGGCCGUCUCAACCAGGACGUGCUUUCGCGUUUCGUCAAGCUCCAAGUCAAGGAAGAGAUGGCCGAAGGACCUACCUGGACUGCUCAAGAAGACAAGGCCGUCAUCGCCGCUCUGGAAGAGUACAAGCAAGAGCACCCGGGUGAGGUCAUUUCGUGGAAGGCAAUCGCCAACAAGAUGGGCAAUAAGCGAAGCUACAAGGUUUACUCGAAUCUCUUUUCCAACAUUCGUUCGCGCGUCGAUCGCAGCGGCCUCAACCCAAAGAGGGAUUACGGCACCUCGCUCGAGGAAGCCGAGGCUGCUGCGUCGACCCAGGCGGUGCGUGGCAUCUUGCGCCACCCCACGCGCGCCGAGCUUGACCACAGCGUUUGGAUUCCCGGUGAGGACGACCUGAUCUUGCUGCAGCGACUCAACUUCCAGGACACGUUUACCGAAAAGUCGGUCAAGUGGGAGGAUCUCUCGUUUGAGACGUGGCAGUGGCCCGAGGACAUGCUCAAGCAGCAGUUUGCCCUGAUCAAGUCGCGCUACCUGCCCGACGGCUUCACCGGUGGUUGGCAGGAGACGCUCGACAAGAUCAUUCGAACCAUCCGAACGCGUCGAACCAAGAAGGAGAUUGACGAUGAAGGCGAGGAUCAGCGUGACUCAACCACCGACCUUGAUUCGAAAGCUGAGCUUGCUGCUGCUGCUGCUGCUGCUGCUGCUGCCGAUACCGCUGCUGCUGAUGAGUCGACCGCUGCUACCGCUGGUGAGCCUGUUGAUCCUGCUCCGUCGUCUCCAAAGCAGCCAGCUCCUGCCGCCAUCGACCCUGCGCUCGCUACUGCUGAGGCUGCUACCACCACCGUCUGA